AUGGCAGAUACAUUUUUGCUGCUUAUCCUAUUCUUCUUGUGGCUACAACUUUCUCCAACUGAUUGCAAGAAACAUUCUGUUGUAUGCACCAUAAAUGAUCCGUUCCAGUUUCCAUACCAGUAUUAUCAGAGAGGAGAACUAAUCAUUGGAGUGAUUGCUUCUCAAUUUGGUUGUGUAAAUGAUGAAAUAUAUUUCUGGGACCACCCUAAAACAGAGUUUGUAGAUGAAUUUAUUGCAAUACCAAAGAACUACCAGCAUGUUCUCUCCUUGGUAUUUUCUGUGAAGCAGAUAAAUGAGAACCCCAAGAUCCUACCAAAUGUCAGUCUGGGAUUCCACAUCUAUGAAAGCUACACAGAUGCAAGGAUGACUUUUCAGAACACCAUGAAACUUUUGACAACAGCAGAAAGAAUUGUCCCAAACUUCAAAUGUAACAAAAAUGAGAAUAUGAUAACUGUUAUUGCAGGACUAGACUCUGAAAUCUCCCUUCACAUGGCUAGUAUCUUAGGUCUAUACAAGAUUCCACAGGUUGCUUACAGUAUAUUAGCUCCUGUUUUGAGUAAUGAAUCUCAACUCCCAUCCUUCUACCGGAUUGUCCCCAAUGAAGCCCAUCAAUACAUUGGUCUUGUCCAUCUUCUUCUACAUUUCCAGUGGACAUGGGUGGGGAUUGUUGCAUCAGAUAAUGACAAUGGUGAAAAGUUCAUGCUGACUUUAACACCAAUGCUUUUCCAGCAUGGAAUCUGUACUGCCUUCAAUGAAAAAACUCCAGCCAUAUCUCAAGUUAUAGACAAUUUUAGUUCAUUAGUACUCAUCCAGGCCAAAUCCUUUUUCUGGACCGUCUCAAAAGUUAAAGUAUUGGUUGUAUGUGCAGAACCUCAGACCAUGACAACACUGAUAUGGAUGGCAUUUUUAUAUUCAUUCUUAGAUGGUACUAAAGAGUUUUCUAUACAUAAAGUAUGGAUCAUGACAGCCCAGUGGAAUUUCUCAUUGGAAACAAUGCAAAGAGAUUUUGAUAUACAAGCCUUCAAUGGUGCCUUAUCUUUUGCAGUUCACUCAAACAAAGUGCCAGGCUUUACACAAUUCUUGCAGGUCCUUCAUCCUAGCUAUCCCAAAGGAGAUGGUUUUCUCAGGAUCUUCUGGCAAAAGGCAUUCAACUGCCUAUUUUCUGAUUCCAAUGAGCAGAAGCAAAGGAUGGCUGCUUGCACUGGUCAAGAGAAGCUGGACAGUCUCCCUGAUGCUCUUUUUGAAAUGAGCAUGACUGGCCAAAGUUACAGCCUUUAUAAUGCAGUCUAUGCCAUAGCACAUUCUUUACAUAAAAUUUACUUAUCUAGGCAUAAAGCUGAGUCAGAGCAAAUAGAAAACAAAUUUGGAAUGUUUAUUAAAUCAAAGUGCAGAAAUUACCUGAAGAGAAUCUCAUUUAACAAUACUGCUGGUGAUACUGUGUCCUUUGAUAAAAAUGGUGAAUUAGCAGCUGGAUUUGAUAUAAUAAACUGGGUUACCUUCCCAAACCAAUCCUUUCUCAAAGUGAAAGUAGGAAGGGUGGAUCCACAGGCAUCUCUUGGAGAAGUGUUCACCGUGAAGGAGGAAGCCAUCACAUGGCACAGCACCUUUAAUCAGGUGAAGCCCCUUGCUCUGUGCAACAACCAUUGCUAUCCAGGCUACAGCAGAAAAAAGAAGGAGGGAUUGCCAUUUUGUUGCUAUGAUUGCACUCCAUGUCCAGAUGGGAUGAUUUCAAACCAAAAGGACACUGAUGAAUGUUUCAGGUGCCCAGAAGAUCAAUUUCCAAACAAGAACCAAGAUCAAUGUAUUUCAAAGUUUCUAAAUUUCCUCACUUUCUCAGAACCAUUGGGGAUCACUUUUGUUUUCUUGGCCCUCUCUUUCUCUCUGAUCACGGCUUUGGUGCUAGGAAUUUUCAUCAAGCACAGGGACACUCCCAUUGUCAAAGCCAACAAUUGUGACCUCACCUAUGUUCUGCUCAUCUCCCUAUUUCUUUGCUUCCUCUGCUCCUUGCUAUUCCUGGGAAAACCUCAUGCAGUGACAUGUUCUUUACGACAAACUGCUUUUGGCAUAAUUUACUCAGUGGCUGUUUCAUGCAUAUUAUCAAAAACCAUAACUGUGGUCCUGGCUUUCAUGGCUACUAAACCAGGAUCCAGUAUGAGGAAAUGGGUGGGGAAAAGGCUGGCCAACUGUAUUCUACUUAGUUGCUUCCUUAUUCAAACUGGCAUCUGUGUUCUAUGGCUCUGUACUGCUCCUCCAUUCCCAGAUUUCAACAUGAAAUCUGUGGUGAAAGAAAUCAUAGUAGAAUGCAAUGAAGGAUCAGUCACAAUGUUUUAUUGUGUUCUGGGUUACCUGUGGCUCCUGGCCAUAGUUAGCUUCAUUGUGGCUUUUCAGGCCAGGAAGCUGCCAGACAGUUUCAAUGAAGCCAAGUUUAUCACAUUCAGCAUGCUGGUCUUUUGCAGUAUUUGGUUGUCCUUUGUGCCUUCUUACCUGAGCACCAAGGGGAAAUACAUGGUGGCUGUGGAGAUCUUCUCCAUCUUGGCCUCUGGUGCUGGGUUACUUGGCUGUAUCUUUUCUCCAAAAUGCUACAUCAUUAUCCUUAGGCCAGAGUUAAACAGCAAGGACCUCUUAACUAGGAGACAUUAG